CCUUCCUCCACACACGGACAGGACUCCUCCGGCAACAUAUCGCCGCUACCACAUUCCUCCGCUCAGGAACGAAACCCACACACUUUUUGGAUACUUUUUUUUGGAUUUUAAUGCCUGAGUUAAUAAUUAAUCUAGCACUACUCUCGGGUAGUUUGCAUAUAUUUUCCUUUGGCGACGAGCGGCUGCGGUGCGGGGCUGAACAUAUCCGCAAGCUGUGUUUAGGUGCUCUCUCCCAGCCCCUCUCUGGAUGCAUCAGACUCCUCUGCCCCGGGGCCCUGGACCCGGUGUGUGACCCCGCCACCUUCACCCCAUUCACCCUCUUUUUCCUCUCUCUCUGCUCCAAACUCCCUUCCACCUGCCUGCCUCAACGCUCCUGUUCUGGGCCCCCUGCCUCUCGACCAGCAGGCAGAGGCAGGGGGCCAUGGCGCCAUGGUAACCUACGGCGGACGCAACGCCUUCGCCAUGAGCAGCGUGCCCCCUCCGGAGGGCAGGGUUCAGGGGUCCAACUUUACCCCACAUCACUACAAGCCCUUCAGUUCGCACGCACACUACCAACAGGUGAUGCGUGCAUUGCGUAAGCUCCAGGAGAGUGGGUUUUACUGGGGGGCUGUGGGAGGUCGGGAGGCCAGCUCCCUGCUGCGCUCUGAACCGCCUGGCACCUUCCUGAUCCGAGACUCCUCGGACCACCACCACUUCUUCACCCUGUCUGUCCAGACGGCUCGAGGAACCAAGAACCUGCGAAUUCACAGUGAGGGAGGCGGCUUCUUCUUACAGCCAGACCCCCAAAGCUCCCAAGAGCCCCCACAGUUUGAUUGCGUGCUGAAACUCAUAGCGCACUACAUGGGGAAAGGGCCAGAGGCUGGAAGGAGCAGAGAAGGGGCGUGCGGGGGCAACUCAAGAGGGGCAGAAAUGAAAGGGCGCAACGUUUAUCUGAUCCACACCGGUGGAGAGAGGAUCCCCCUGGAGUUGCGGCGACCCCUCUCAACCUCUCUCUCAUCCUUGCAGCACAUGUGCAGGAGGACCUUGAACAACCAAGGCCUGGGGGGGUCGGAGAGAGCAGAGCAGCUCCCGCACACACUUAGAGACUUCCUGGAGGAGUAUGACGCUCCCAUAUGACUGACAGGGACUGCACAGGUCCCACUACAUGGACCAGCUGCCUGGAGGACAGCACAGACCAGGUCUCAGUGCAUACGUGAAUAUGUGCGCCAUCAGAGACUGACCUGAGUUAGCCUUAGAUGCCAAUGUGAGGUCUGUUUUUUUCAUAGUGGCCAGAAUCAGCUGAUCCCAGAUCUGUUGCAACACUGACUGACACCACCGAUGAGGAGUGCGAUUUAGGUAACCAAUGUUUACCUCAUCUGUCCUGCCUUUCAAAAAAAAAAACAAAAAAAAAAAAACUGACCACUAAUGUGAGUGGCAGAUGAAGCCAGAGGUCAAAGGUCAGUGUUUAUUAUGACUGACUCAGACGCAGAGCAAAGCCUCGUAGAAGAUUAACCUGAUUGGUCGAUAUUAACGAUGACAGUGACGGCAUGAUCAAUACACCACCGGUGAUCCCUGUAAGGUUUAAUUUCCUUAGGAAGAAACCUCUCCUCUGUCAGUCUGACAUUUACAACACUUUGGAUCACUGGACAGAGAGAAAGGCGACAAAGAACAGAGAGGCUUAGAGGGGGUGAGGGAAGGACAAGUUACAGAGAAAAGGCAAAGUCCAAACAAGGGGCCCAAAGCAGAGAACUUAGUAUUUGUUUGUCUGAGUGUGUGUGUGUGUGUGUGUGUGUGUGUGUUGUGGUGGCGCACACAUUUCCAUUGCUGCUUCCCGCAAGUGUUGCCUCAUUGAGGGGAGUGGGGCGGUCAUGCACGCUAGCUCCACACACAUACACACAUACAUACACACAUGCACACACACAUAUGUACACACACACAUACACACACACACAUACACAUACACACACAUGCACACACACACAUACAUACACACACACAUGCACACACACACAUACAUACACACACACAUGCACACACACAUACACACACAUGCACACAUACACACACAUGCACACACACACAUAUAUGCACACAUACACACAUGCACACACAAACACAUACACACACACAUGCACACACACACAUACAUACACACACUCACACACACACACACAUGCACACACACACUCACACACACACAGGUACAGGCCCACAUGUAGGUUUUGUUAGCGUGGGAACAAAAGGAGAAGAAGCAUCACAAAGCAUCUUCUCCCUCUCCUCCUGUUUGUUUCUCGUUUCUCCUCCAUUACCCAUUCCCUGCACCCCUUCGUUUUUUUUUUUAGUUACGGGAGUUGCAUGCGUGCUUUGACAGUGACAGAAAACAGACUGCUGUUGCCGAGACAAAAGCCUGUUACUGAGACAAAAGCCUUGGCACGGGACCAAACAAAACAUCAGAACUUAUUUUUAUCCAGACUGGCUGGAAAAAUGUCAGCGACACUGUAAAGCUCCUUGGGGAAUGACAAUGAUGAUGGUGAUCCUAGAGAUUGCGGGGGGUGGGGUGGGCUGGAGAGGGUGAGAAGAGGGAUUGAACGAAGGAGAAAGAAGAGCGGGAAAUGGGAUUAGGAAAGGGAAAUUGAAGAGGACAGAGAAAUGGGGAGGGGGGCAAGGGUGGGGGAGAAGGGGGAGGAGACAUACUGGUAUACAGCUAAACAAAAACAUUGACUGGAUUGAUGUCCCAGACUUAGAGGAAAUGAUACAGCUCAACAGGACGCUGCUCCUGCAAAUAUAAACCCCAGGUUUGCCAGGACGCCCCAUUGUAAAAAAGAAAGUUUUGGCUGAGUCUUAAUUCUGUUAUUUUUAGAUGCUCACAGUAAUUUCUUCUUUACAUUAUCAUCUCGAUCUUAUUUCUUUUUGUGAAAACGUGUUGGUGUGUUUUGAGUGUGUGUCUGCUCUCUCUCUCUCUCUCUCUCUCUCUCUCUCUCUCUCUCUCCCUUCUUGGAUUUCAAGAAGGAGAUAAAGUGAGGCAAUGGAAUGUUUCGUGGACGGUUUAACCCCUUUAACUUCAGAAAAGUUUCUCACCCCGUCUACCUUCCAUCGUUACCUCUGAAGCAGGAGCAGGCAGUUGGGUUUUGUCUGUCUGAAUGUCAAGGGAACACAGGACUCCCCUGAAGUGAUUCUUAACAUAAGCCUUUUGUAUAACACAGUAUAAGACUCAGAUUUGAUCAAAAUGUUUGUGUUUUUUUCUGUGUUUGACCAGUGCUCAUACUUACCUGUGAUCCAUAUUGGAGUGAUAGCCUUUUCACAUCAUAAAAAAAAGUUUUGUGUGAUCUCAUGUGGCCACUUGAGACAACAGCGCUGAAGUAUACUGAAGUGUAGCGAUACACUUUUUUUUCUUUUCUUUUUUUUUGGUCAAAUCUCGGUCUUAUCUUCUCCCAUCAACACCAAGUUUGUACAUGUGUUGCACCAGUGGACCACACGUGUAUGUGAAUCAUUUGUCUUUUAUAAAGACUCUGUCGCAAAAGGCUGGCCACUAGUCUGGCAGAAUACAAGCUGUACUAUCUGAAAUGACAAAGCAUUACAAAAAAAAAAUAAAUGAAAAGGAACGUUGCACAUAUUUAUAUUUCUAAAAUAUUUCAAUAAUUUAUAUUAAAGAGCACUAUUUUUACAAAAGUCAA